UUGCAUAUCUUUGGAUGGUUAUGUUUGAAAGGUGUGUUGACUUGUGGAGUAAAGUCCCGGCGUGACAUUCGACGUUUGAUCGUAAUAAUUUUUUUUCCAAAUGUUCCAGAUGACGAAAUAAAAAUGCUAGUUGGCGGCCACGGCGAAUCUAAUCCGAACACAAACUGGCUGGACAGUCGUGGUUUAUGGAUUAGUUACGCUGUGGGGAUGCUUGUGCUUCAUCUGAUUCUUCUAAGUAUACCAGUUUUCAGUGUAGCAUUUGCUUGGACUCUUACGAAUAUCAUCCAUAAUUUGUGUCACUUUUUUUUCCUUCACUUCGUGAAAGGCUCACCAUGGGUUCCUCAAGAUCAAGGGGACAGUAGGGAACUUACCCAUUGGGAGCAAAUUGAUUAUGGAGAGCAGUUUACUGUUACUCGGAAAUUCUUGACGGUUGUGCCCAUUGUACUGUUUUUCCUGGCUAGCUACUACACAAGGUAUGCAACUGGACAUUUCGUAGUGAAUUUUGUAUCGAUGAUGUUGGUUUUGCUGCCGAAGCUACCACAGUUCCACAGAGUGAGACUUUUUGGUAUAAAUAAGUACUAAGUAUUUUUCUGAUGACUUACUGUGUGUAAAAUUAUACAAUGUUACAGACGUCACUGCAUCUUUUGCAGAUGCACUGUACUUACAGUAUAAACUGCCAUUAUGUUUGAGAUUGCAGUUAAGUGUGUGUGUUUUUUAAACACUCUCAAGCUUUGAGAAGUGUAUGGCAGGUAUUGUUACUUCAUUUUCUGUGUAAAACUUUCCAUAUAAACACGAUAUUGUUCAGACUUUCUUUGCAUUGAUUUUACCUCUGUUGUUUGACAAAUUUCUUUUGGUUAGGAUAUUUGUGUAAAAAGAAAGAAAGCGAAUAUUGUUUAAAUAAACUCACUGAAAUGGUGA